AUGUCGAAUACUACUAAACCUGAAGAAUCAACGGCUACGACAUUAAGUGCAACUGAACAAGAAUCAGAAGCGUCUACAAACGAUGGAUUAGUUAACUUCAAUGAAAAUUUUCAGCUAGAUGAUUGUGGUGUUUUAAAUUUUGACAAGUCUAGUAAGCUAAGACCAAAAAAUUGGAGCUAUAACAAAAAAUUAAAACAUACAGUGAUAUAUGGUCUAAUAACAUUUGCUGCUCAGUUAAAUUCAACCACCAUGGCUACAUCCAUAUUCCCAGAUCUUGUUAAAGGUGAAUUUGGUAUUCAGAGGGAAGUUGCAUUGUUGACUACAACGUUAUAUAUUAUCGGGAUAGCUUUUGGACCUAUGGUAUUUGCACCAUUGUCAGAAGUUUAUGGAAGGAAACUAGGGGUUUUAAUUCCUUUCUUAAUUUCAGCAAUUUUCACCUUUGCAGCUGCUAGUACUUAUGAUGUAGCAGGUAUGAUGAUUUGUCGGUUCUUUGCAGGUUUUUUCGCUGGUGCACCAAUUGUUUCUGCUGGUGGUGUUUUAGCUGAUAUUUGGGAACCUGCUCAAAGGGGAACUUUCUUUGCAUUAUAUGCGUGUUUUGUUGCAACUGGACCAGCUUUUGGACCAACUAUAAGUUCAUUGUUAAUGCAUAGUGAAGAUAAAGAUAGUGCGUGGAGAAUUCCUCAAUAUUUUUCUGGGUUGUUAAGUUGUACUUUAUUCAUGUUGAGUCAAUUCAUAUCAGAAGAAACUUAUGAACCUUUAUUAUUAGCCAAAAUGGCCAAACAGAUGAGAAUCAACACAAAUAAUUGGUCAAUUCAUGCUAAGCAUGAUGAGUGGACCUUAACAUGGGACGAGUUAGUUAAAGUACAUUUUAUAAGACCUUUUAGAAUGCUGGUGACACCAAUUGUUUUCGUUAUUGCAUUGUUUGCCAGUUACGUCUAUGGUAUAUUUUAUUUAAUCAUUACCACUAUGCCAGAGGCUUUCACAAUUUCAAGAGGAUGGUAUGGUACAGUGGCCACUCUACCUAAUAUUUCAUUAUUUGGUGGUGUCUUAGUUGGUUGUUCAUUUCAAAUGCUGGCAACGAAAAGGUAUGCCAGAUUACUUGAAGCUAACAAUGGUGUUGCACUACCAGAAGAGAGCUUCUCUUUAAUGAUAUUUACAGCAUGGAUGAUGCCAGCUGGUAUCUUCAUAUUUGGAUGGACAUCUUCAAGUGAUAUUCAUUGGAUUGUUCCCUGUAUAGGUAUUUGGUUAAUCGGUACUGGAUUCAUUACAAUUUUCCAGGGAAGUCUGAAUUACUUAGUGGAUGCCCAUACGAGAUAUUCAGCUUCAGUUAUUGCAGCAAAUACUUUUUUGAGAUCGGUAUUUGCAGCUAGUUUCCCCUUGUUUUCAAAACAGUUAUUUAAUAACUUGGGUGUGCAUUGGGGGUCCAGUUUGAUUGGGUUUAUUGCAUUAGGAAUGUUACCUAUUCCUUAUUUAUUCUACAAGUAUGGCUCCCGUAUCAGAGCAAAGACAUCUUCAAAGGUACUUUAA